GAAAUACACAACAACGCCCGCGCUUGAAUGUCUCAAUGUGCCGCUAUGAGCUUCUGAAUACCCUGAUUAUUUUCUUCCAGUCUCGCUUCGCGCGCAAACCCAUACCCUACGACUUCUAGUAAGCUCCACUACAGGACGCCACGACGGUAGCGCCCGACUCCAGGCCUGACGCAACGCCUCCAGCGCAGACGACGCCGAGCUCGACGUCGAAAUUCCCCCGCGGCCAUGCUUCACGAAAUCCUCCUCUCCCUCUCCGGCCACCCGUCCCCGCUCUUCGAUUCCGUUAACCCCGCCGCGCCCGGCGCCGACGACGAAAACAACUAUCUAAACACCUCGUUCCCGCUCCUCUCCCCGCCGGAAGCCGAGCUCCUCGCGUCGGUCGGGCGCCUCGCACACCUCCACCGCUCUAUACGCCACCGCGCGCAGCUCAUUGCUGCCUCCCACUCGUCCACCAUAUGUCGCGCCGUCGCAACGGCGGUCACGGCCGCGCAGCUCGCGCGCUUCCAGCGCAAGGUCCUGGAGGUUGAAGAGAAGGUGUUGAAGCGGGAUGCCGAGGUCGUGGGAGCAUACAACAUCGUGCCACUGUCGGGCAUCGUGGCCGAGUUUGAGGGGUGGACGAGGCGGCUAGAGUGGCUGUGGAGGAUGUGCGGCUUCAUGCUGCCGGAGGAGGGCAAGGCUGGCGAGGGCGAGUGCACGGGGGCCGACCUGAUAAACAAGCUCCGCCGCGAGGCUCAGACAGGAUACCCAGACGUUGAGACGGCGGCGCUGGAGCUGGGCAAGGUGGCUGAGACGGCGUGGUUGCGCCAGCUGAGCACAUGGGUCCUGUACGGCCGGCUGCCGGUGCAUGGCUCGCGCGACUUCUUCAUCACACAGGUCCAGGGCGAAGAUGGCCUCGUCGACUAUAUCGCCAACAGCAAGCUGCUGCCCAAGUUUGUCUCGGUGCGGACGGCUUCCUCUAUCCUCUUUAUUGGUAGGUCGCUCGACCAGAUCCGCAACCGCGGCGCCAAAGCGGCCGGUCCGAUGGCGCCCAAGAUGUCGGAGCUGGAGCUGCUGCCGGUCCAUCUCAAGUUCCUGUCCGAUCUCAAGGUGCCUGUGUCCUCGGCGGCGCUGUCCGAGGCCAUCGCGGCGAUACGGCUCUCGCUGUCACGCAACACGCUGCAGCAACUCUUGCCCCUACCAAAGAUUCUACAGAUCCUAUCACUACUGCAGGAGUUCUUCCUGCUAGGCCGGGGUGAGUUCGCCGUGGCUUUGAUCGAGGAAUCGGACGAGCGUGUCCGGUUACGGCACCGCCGGACGGACCAGAACAAGCCCGGUAAGGGCGUGCGAGGCGUGCUAGUCAAAGAGGGAGAAGUGACAGCCGUCCUGACGCGGACAUGGGCGUCUCUCGCCUCACUGAUUGACGACGAAGAGAUGACGGACGAGAGCCUCGACCUCGCACGCAACCUCGUGCACCUCUCGCUCUCAAAGCCCACAUCCACCCGCCCAUCCACACCAGGCCGCGCCAAAGAGAGCGCCGACGCGCUGCCCAAGCUCACCACCGUUGCCUUCAACGACCUACUCCUCUCCGUCCCCACCGCCCUCACCCUCGACAUCUCGCCCCCGCUCGACCUCUUCCUCUCCCCCGCCGAAGUCGACGUCUACUCGACCAUCCACGCGUACCUGCUCGCGAUCCGGCGCGCCCAUCUCCGCCUCACGGACCUCUGGCGCCAGAGCCACAUCCGCCGCGACUAUCCAGCGCCGCUGGGGCCGCCGCACAGCAACUCCGCGGGCGGGCAGCGCACGCUGCGCGAGAGGCGCGAGCGCACCCGCAGGCGCGCCGUCGCUAUGCGCAAGGUCUGGGCCACCUGCAGCGCUGCGGUGUUUUUGCUCUCCGAGCUAGGCAGCUAUUUCGAGGGCGAGGUGGUGCAGGAGAGCUGGCACCACUUUCGGCGGUGGAUCGUUGGGGGCGAGAUGCCGACGGCAGCGGAGGAGCAGCGGCCUGGCUCUGCGGCUUCUGGCUCUGGCGCAACAACUCGUCCGCCCACAUCUUCCACAGCAGCAGCAAGCGCACGCGCGCCCCACCUCCCUUCCCGGCAGCAACAGCAGCAACACCACCACCACCAACACGAACACGACCGCCGUCCCCCCCACGACCCCGAAGCCCUCGCCACAGCACACCGCGCAUUCCUGACCACGCUCACGCACGCCCUCCUCCUAACAGACCGCACGCUCCCCCACCAACUCCGCGCCUUCCUGGCCCAUGCCGACGAGCUCGUCGCUCUGACACGGCGACUGCAAUCCGCGUACGCGGCGCAAGACCUCGAAGCCGAUGCGGGGGUUGUGGACGCCCUCGCGGACCACGGGGCUGAGGCUGAGGAGGCGGGAAGGGAACUCGAUCGCGCGAGGAAGCGCGUGGAUGCGGAUUUGAGGGCGCUUGUGGGGAGGCUGAGGGAGAGGGAUGGUGAGGGUGAUGGGGGCGGGGUUGGGGCUGGUGGAGUGGGAGGGGGAGCUUACGUGCCCUGGCGCGGCGCGGGCGUGGAUCGGCUGCUGAUGAAGCUGGAUUUUGGCGCUGGGGCUGGGGAGGAGGGGGAGGAGGGGGAGGGGAAUGAGGAGGAUGAGGUUUUGGCGUUGAAGAGGGGGAGGGGGAGGGGUGCGGGUGCGGGUGGGGAUGGUGGGGAGGAGAUUCAGCAGCUUAUUCCCGGGGUUUGA